AUGUCGCUAGCUGUCCUCUUGAAUACUCUUUUAAAAAGUGCGGUCCUCCUGUUUUGGGGCUAUUUUCUCGCGAAUGAAUAUGUUCGUUGGAAAAGACGAAUCCCAGGCCUUAAGGGACCCCGUGGUCUUCCAGUCAUUGGAAAUUUGCUACCUGUCACGAAAACUUUCUCCGCUGAACAAUACCGGCGGUGGUCAUUAAGAUAUGGACCGGUCUACCAGGUCCAAUUGGGAAACACACCGAUCGUGGUCGUGAACUCGACGGAGUCUGCGAAAACACUUUUUCUCAAUCAGGGUGGCGCUCUGAUAUCGCGCCCUCUAUUUUAUGUCUUACAUAAAGUGGUGAGCAAGAACGUUGCAAGUAUCGGUACCAGUCCGUGGGAUGAGAGUUGUAGGCUUCGAAGAAAGGUGGCGGCUGGGGCUCUGAACCGCCCAAAGGUUCAAUCGUAUGAACCGUUCAUUUUGCGCGAGACAAGAGAUUUUAUUGAGGAGCUCACCCGAGAAUCGCGUAACGGAAAAACUGAGGUUGGCUUCAAGUCUAUCGUGCAUCGCCUAGCUUUGAACCUGGUGUUGAGGUUGAAUUACGGCACACGAGUCGCAAAUACAAAAGAUCUCAAAGAAGACGCACUGUACUCUGAGAUAAUUGAGGUAGAGGAUGAGAUCUCCCGAUUUAGAUCGCCUUCUAAGAACCUCACCAACUACAUUCCUCUGCUUCGAGUUCUUGAGCCGUUGGUCUGGAAAAAGUCCGCGGCUCACUCUGCUGACAUUGGGCGUCGUCGAAUUGCGUACAACAACAUAUUAUUUGGCCAGUUACUAAAAGCGAUCGACGAAAACACUGAUGUGCCCUGCAUCCAAGGAAAUGUGCUGCGAGAUCCCGAAGCAGCAGGACUGUCAAGCAAUGAGCAGCUUAGUAUUAGUCUGAGUAUGAUUGCUGGCGCAGACAGUACGCAACCGACAAUCGCCUGGGCAAUCUUAUUCCUCGGCCAUCGCCAGGAUAUCCAGCAGCGUGCCUUUGCAGAAAUACAAACCCACCUGGGUAGUGCGUAUCAACCAACAGCAACCCUAGAGGUGGAAUAUAUUCAUGCUCUAGUUAAAGAGUUCAUGCGGUUCUACACCGUGCUUCCAUUGGCCAUGCCCAGAGAAACUACCGCACCUGUUCAGGUUAAUGGACAAGUGAUUCCUGCAGGAACGAUGGUCUUUCUCAAUGCAUGGGCUUGUAAUAGAGAUCCGUUAACGUUUGAGGACCCGUGGACCUUCAAGCCAGAGAGGUGGCUCGAUGACACAGAAAAACUCACCCAUCAGUUUGCCUUUGGUUAUGGAUCACGCAUGUGCCCUGCGUCACACUUGGCCUCACGUUUGGUCUACUCGGUCCUAUUCCAUUUGAUUGCGAGUUUCGAAAUUCAACCUGCUGAGGGCGAGGGAGACGAGAUCUUUGACCCCAUACAGGGGUUGAAAGAUCCCACAUCUCUGGCUGCCAUACCUAAGGGUUCCAGAGCUAGAUUUGUGCCUAGGGCUGACAAUGCUCCAACGGAUUUGACGUAG